GUAAAUUUCAGUCUCUCAUUGGUGUAAAUCGGCCAAUACGAUUAUUAAUGCGACUUAAGCGGGAAAGUUUCUUUAUUCUUUAACAAAACACGAUUUAGCAUAUGACAUAUGCGCCGUUUGUACCAUGCACUAUAGUUGGUUUUCUCAGCCACUUAAUUCAUGUUUGUGGUGUUUUUAGGCAGCUUUGUUAUGGUGUGUCAAUUGGUGUGAGCUUUGUUUGGUAUAAUGGUUCUACCAGUAUGACCAUUUUCAUUAAAUCCUUAUAUCAUGCUGAUUGGACUGUAGUGAUUGCAAAGUAUAGAACAAAAUUCAUGAUGAUAAGGACUGAGAACCGGAUGAAAUUGUUGUCAAUGAAGGAAACAGUGGUUGAGAUGGCAAAGGUCAAUGGAGCGAGAGUUACGGGUUUGUUCUGAGAAAGGCUUUGGAGUUGAAGUCAAGUGAUGGCAAGCGUUGGUUUGGUGAUAAGUGAAGCAUGUCAUGAGAUUGGGGCAAAAUGGCAAAUGGUAGUAAAAACUAUUGGAGCUAAAGUCGAGUAAAGCUGGCCAGAAAUAGAAACAUGGAUCAAUACUGGAAACUCUGGAAAACGGAAUACGAAAAGAUACAUUUGGACUGAUGUGGUAUGACAUCAUAUAUGUAUCUGGCCGUGAGGGGAAUUCCCAAUGUGAGUAUUCCCAAUUUCUGGUAAACACUGUAUUUAUAAUUUGGCGUACUGGUGUCAAAUCCAUUGACAAAUUUUUUCUCGUCGAGUUCCUUACAAUUUUGCACGAAAGUUUAUGAUAAAAAUGCAAGUCGAUUGGAAAGACAUUUGUCGAAGACAACGUUAUUUUAUCCGAGAAAUUGACCCAUUGAAAGUGAUAAGGGUUAUGCAAGAUGUUUUAACACCAGAAGACUGCGAGAAUAUAAGAACAGCGUGUACGAAUCACGGAACGAUUAUUGCUGUUCAAAACCAUUUGCUUGAGCGAUUGAAAAGACGUGGUCCCAAUUCAUUGCCGAAAUUCGUUUUAGCAUUACGGCAAACCGGACAAGAACACGCUGCUCAACUUAUUGAUCCUAAGAUGAAAGUGAGCGGAGUUCUUUCAAUUUGUGGUAGGGAUGAUAGAGUUCUGGAACCAGGUGUUGCCGCAGACAUCAGAGUAAACAUUCAAUUGGUUGAUUUUGCUGAUGACCAGUUACAGAAAGUAAAAAAAUUGUGUGAAAAAUAUGAAGUCUCUCACAGUGAAGAUACAUUAUCCCUUCGUCAACAUUUUAAAAGUUUUCUUGGUGAAGAUACAUGUGACUUUAUUUCACUUGUCAAGACAAAUUGGUCAGAACAAAUGCCAUUAAUUUUAAUUUUUCGUAUUUCGAACCUUGAUGUGGCUUGUGUACUCAUGAAAGAAUAUGAAAAUGGCAACCUCAAGUCAAGCAUUAUUAAAAAGCUUUGCAGUUAUAACUUUGGAGACAUUUGUUUUCAAGAUUUGAACUUUAACCUUGUCAUUGAACCAGAUGAAUCAAAGAAAGUGAUUGAAACACUCAAUAACUCUGGUGAUUCUGUUGGCGUUCUUGUUGACGGUAUGGAAAAGUUGGAGCUGAAACUACGCGACUACCAGGAUGAUCUCGUGAAACCUGCCUUAGAAGGAAAGAACACCAUCAUUUGUGCACCAACAGGGAGUGGCAAGACAUUUGUUGCCAUGGAAGCGAUUAAGCAACACGUGAGCAGCUCGAGGCAUAAAUUUGUCGCCUUCAUUGUUGACAACGUCAGCCUUGUGGAUCAACAGGAAUGUAAUUUAGCACAAUAUCUUCCCGAGUCUGUUGGAAUCUCGAGUCUCUGUGGAAGUAAUUCGCACGCAUACUCUCUGCCUCAACUCCUUGAGGAAUAUCAAGUGAUAGUAUUGACUGCGCAGGUCUUGGUUAAUUCCCUGAAGAGAGAUAAAACAGAUGCACCGGGAGAAAAGGAGCUAACAAUUGGGCAGUUUUCUCUCCUUGUGUUCGAUGAAUGCCAUCAUGCAAUAAAGAAACAUCCUUACAAUGAAAUCAUGCGAUUUUAUUUGAGGCAAAAAUUGGAGAAACCCAAUUUAAGCCGACCUCAAAUCAUUGGUCUCUCAGCCUCGCUCGGUAUUGGAACUGGUAACAAUGGUUCUGGGUUUUCGGCAGAGAAGCAUAUUAUGGAGCUCUGUGCGAACUUAGAUGUACAAGAAAUAAAGCUCUACGAGGGAACACAACUUGCUAGUACUCGCAUUAUACCAUUUUCCCGGGAACAAGAGAACGCGUUCAGAGCAACUGUCGAUUCUGUCAUGCGGCGAAUAGAAGUCAUGAUUUCCGAGAAAGAUUUUGAAAAAUCUGGCUCCAUCCUCACGGAAGUCAGCGAUAUGAAAAUUGGGUGGUGGAGAUGCUCAAGAAAGAACUGGGGCGCGAUCUUUAUUGCGUGUUUUGAGCAUCUAAAAGAAUACAACAAUUCUUUAAUGAUUAAUGAAGAUGUCCGCUCUGAGGAUGCCCUUCGCUAUCUAAAGGAAAAUAUAAACUAUAAGUCAUCGACCGAUAUGGAAAGAAACUUUGUGUGCUAUUUGACGAUGCUGUUUCGGCUAUCGAAUGCUCCAUCCCAGUGGUGA